UGGAAGUUUAGUGUAAUCCAAUCCCACUUAAGACAGCAGCCUCAGUCCCAAGUCCCAACUCGUGAAUGCUGGCCUGAUCAUGAAUUAAAAAAAAAAUUGUCGCUUGCGCGCGAUGAGGUGGAGUUAUGCUGACUUUUGCUGGCCUUCAGGCUCCAUUUUUCUUCAUUCAACAUUGAGAACACAGCAAGGAGUAGCAGAGAAUGAGCGAGAUGCAGCCGCACGCCGUGUGCUUGCCGUUCCCGGCGCAGGGGCACAUCACGCCGAUGAUGAAGCUGGCCAAGAUCCUCCACUCCAGGGGCUUCCACGUCACCUUCGUCAGCACCGAGUACAACCACCGCCGCCUCGUCCGCUCCCGCGGCGCCGCCGCCGCGGCCGGAAUCCCGGGGUUCCGCUUCGCCACCAUCCCGGACGGCCUGCCGCCGUCCGACGCCGACGCCACGCAGGACCCGCCGUCGCUCAGCUACUCCACCAUGACCACCUGCCUCCCCCACUUCAGGAAGCUGCUCGCCGACCUCAACAACCGCUUGGCGCCUGACGACGACGACGCCGCGCCGCCGGUCACCUGCGUCGUGGCCGACCACCUCAUGGGCUUCAGCCUCGACGCCGCGGCGGAGCUCGGCGUGCCGUGCGCGCUCUUCUGGACGGCCAGCGCCUGCGGCUACAUGGGCUACCGCAACUUCCGCCUGCUCAUCGACAUGGGCAUCAUUCCCCUCAAAGGGGAAGAGCAGCUGACGAACGGGUUCAUGGACAUGGCGGUGGACUGGGCGCCGGGGAUGAGCAAGCACAUGCGGCUCAAGGACUUCCCCACCUUCCUCCGCACCACGGACCGCAACGACAUCCUGAUGACGUUCCAGCUGCGGCAGGUGGAGCGCGCGGAGGAGGCGGACGCCGUGGUCCUCAACACGUUCGACGAGCUGGAGCGGCCGGCGCUGGACGCCAUGCGCGCCAUCACCCCGGCCAUCUACACCGUCGGCCCGCUCGCGUUCCUCACGGAGCAGAUCCCGCCGGGCGGGCCCCUCGACGACAUCAGCCCCAGCCUCUGGAGGGAAGACGACGCCUGCCUCCGGUGGCUCGACGGGAGGAAUCCCCGGUCGGUGGUGUACGUGAACUACGGGAGCGUGACGGUGAUGAGCGGCCACGAGCUGGAGGAGUUCGCGUGGGGGCUCGCCGGCAGUGGCCACGACUUCCUCUGGAUCGUCAGGCCGGACGUCGUGACGAGGACCGCCGCCGCCACCGCCGCGGAGGCGGCGCUGCCGCGGGAGUUCACGGAGGCGACGAAGGGGAGGGGGCUCGUGGCGAGCUGGUGCGACCAGGAGGCGGUGCUGCGGCACCCGGCGGUGGGGUUGUUCCUGACGCACAGCGGGUGGAACUCGACGGUGGAGGCGCUGUCCGGCGGCGUGCCGAUGCUGUGCUGGCCGUUCUUCGCCGAGCAGCAGACCAACUGCCGGUACAAGUGCGUGGAGUGGGGCGUGGCGAUGGAGGUGGGGGACAGCGUGCGGCGGGAGGCGGUGGAGGGGAGGAUCAGGGAGGCCAUGGGAGGAGGGGAGAAGGGGAAGGAGAUGAGGAGGAGGGCGGCGGAGUGGAAGGAGGCCGCCGCUCGAGCGAGGGGACGGUCGCUCGCCAACCUUGAGAGGCUCAUCGGCGAUGUACUGCUCUCUGGUAAAAAGGACAGGGUAAUUUGAUCAUCAAAUUCAGUAGAGCGUGUACUUGAUUGGUGCAAGUAAAAGUAUUAUGCGGAUGCUAGUGUGCAACUGCAGCAUCAGAUCCAUGUACCACAAAUGCGUUGGUGAUCCAUGGCAGCUGUGCAAAUGUGACUUCUCGCCUAUUACGAAUACCUUGGUUGGGAUGAGUCUCCUCUUUAAGUAAAGUUAGAGGGACAUUGUCCCUGCCAUGUGGGACCCACAAAGGUUGGACCCAUAUGUCAGUGACCCAUGUCUCUCUGACUUUACGUCAGAGGAGCGCGAUCUCUUGGUUUGGGUAAAUGUGUAGACCUGGUAGAUGAGCUGUGGCAGCACCCGAGUUGCAAUAGCCUUUUACUUGCGUUAUUUCUACA